UCGACUAUCGCACACUACUACUAUACCUAUAAUACUGGCGUGCGUGUCGCUUUUAAGGAGCAUUGCUACAGCGACAGCCGAUCCGGACACAGUGUGGCUGCGUGAGUGUGUGAGUGUGACGUGUGUCUGUCUUGUUUGUUGUGUGUGUGUUUCUGUACUACCGCCAGGAGAGUCCCCCCUCGGGAGCCAUUUCUGUUUUUUUCUUUUUUCCCAGGAAACAACAUCUCAUUAUGGGUGACGGCGAUCAAACUUUCUUUCCUAAUUGAACACAACUUUUGACAGAGAAAUGGUCCAUCAAGUGCUGUCGCCGAUUGACGUCCGUGAAUUGGCGUGUUAAUAAUAGUAGGACUCCAGGAUGAUGUCGACGCUGUUGGAGACUUUCUACUACCACUGGAGGAAGAAGAAGAAAAUCCGGCGGCUCAAUCAGCAUCCGUCAACUUUAUUGGCGUCGUGGCUGACGAAAUUAUUCGUCGUCACAUUCGUUAGUCUUUUGUGCUACGCAUCGGCGGAGAAAAACAAACACUAUCACGUGGCGUCGCUGUGCAAGAGCCAUUUCCUGCAGCAACUUUAUCGCAAAAUCGAUGGGGCCGUUUUGAGGUCGCAGAACGAGCACAAUUUGGAUUGCCUCAUCACUUUCCAAACGGAAACGGUCCUCCAACGUUUCAUGCUCCGCUUCGAUCAACUUCAACUCGACUGCAACGAUCAUCUCUUCAUCUACGACGGAGCUCACGCCACCGGCGUUUACAAGGCCGACCUGUCGUGUCGUCACACGCGUCAAAGCGUCGGCACAAUAACCACACGAACCAAUUUUGUCACGCUCAAAUACGUCACAGAUGCUUGGGGCACUGAGACCAGCGGAUUUCAUCUUGUCGUCACCGCAUUCAAAGAUAAAACGGAAUUUGUUUGCCGGGAUUUCCGAUGCGCCCAAAAGGAUUUCUGCAUUUCCACCGAUUUGCUCUGCGAUGGCGUCAAUCACUGCGGCGAUAACACGGACGAAACCACCACGUCACUCUGCGCAGACAGCGAUCAACAUUUCAAGAUCCUCGGACUGAAUUUGCCGGUCUUUGGUGCAGUGGCCGGAAGUAUUGGUGUUGUCAUUCUCUGCGCAGUGACGGCCAUUAUCGUCGUCUGCUGCUGUCGGAGGAAGAAACCGCCUACAACAACUUCUGCUGGAGCAGCAGCAGCAAGUAGUAGCAAUAACGGUCGACUAGUCGACGAUGGCAACCAGCAGCAAAAACCCAUUGCCAAUUUGUUGUCCAACGAUUCUGCUGUCAAAAUGCCACUGCCCACCACCACCACUACACCCGGUGGGUACAUGACACUUCCGUUGAAUAAAUCAUCAGCAGUCACGAUGUCGGGAAACCGGCAUCCCCCUGCAAUCGAUCAGGGCCAUUUUCUUCGACGAGUCACAACAAUGGGAAUGCAGCUGGCACAUCUCAGCAGCAGCAAUUCUCCUACCAUCACUCGCAACAGUUCAGCACAUUGCAGAGGCACCACCAUCAACAACACGACAACAGUUCAUCUGCUCAACAGCAGCAGUUUCAACUUUUGGUGCCUGGCAAUAUGAAAAUGGCCGUCUCGGACAGUGACGGAGCAUCAAACAAUAAAGACGAAUGGUUCGUCUAAUUUUGACAGCAACCGUUAUCAAUCGACUGCAGGGGGUUUCGCAUAUUUUUACAGAAUAAAAAGCUGUAACGAUAUUCCAGGGCGUAUAGAGGGAGAAAGAAGAUAUCUACAUAAUCAUCAUUAUAAUUAUUGGAUAUUAUUCCUUUGGAUACCAAGAUCAUGUUUGUUUGUUUAUUUCAUAUCAGUUGUGCUGGUACUCGUUCAUUUUUCUUAAAUUGCAUAUCUAUUGGCAGCAACAGCAAAUGGCUGGUUUUGUUUAGCGAGUCAACAAGUACUUAUUGUAAUGAUGUGGGCGAUCCACAAAACAUUCGCGUCAAAGUACUUAAAAUAACGUAACAAAAAUUGAACAUAUCGAUGGAUAUCCGCCGUAAUAAAGAGUCAAAUUCCUGUUUUUUUUUCACCCCAAAGCUAAUUCGUUAAUUAAAUACAGUUCCAUAACCACUCCA